UCAACGUCUUGAAAUUCGUGGGCUUACGAAGAGAAUUCAUUACAAAGGACUACGCGAAACGUGAUCGGGAGGACAUAGUGACAAACAACUUCAGCACAACGACCGCUAUCAUGGCCAGAACAUACUCCGACAUCAAGUUGGAGAUCAAGGGUCAGAUCGGAAUUAUCAAGUUCAACCGCCCCAAGGCCCUGAACUCCUUCGGUGGCAACCUGAUUGAGAACACUAUCUCAGCGAUCCGGACUCUCAAUGAGCACCCAGACACGAUCUUCACCGUACUGACCGGCGAAGGUCGAUUCUUCAGCGCUGGUGCAGAUGUUAAAGCAUCCACUGAGCGACAUGCAAUGGACACCGAAACAGAUCUUGCGUCUACGAAGCUAAAGUUCGUUGGGAGAUUCGGACCUGCUCAAGAGCUUCUCCGCUCCAUGAUCGAUCACAAGAAAGUUCUGAUCCUCGCCCUUAACGGCCCUGCCGUCGGUGGUGGCGCAGCCUGGUUUCCUGGAAUUGCCGACAUUGUCCUUGCCUCAUCUACAGCAUGGCUGCAAUGCCCCUUCAGCGCUCUCGGUCUCGUGCCGGAAUAUGGCUCCGCGUUCUCCUUCGCGCAGUCCAUCGGCAUCCACCGCACAAACGACUUCCUUAUGUUCGGCCGCAAACUAACACCGAAGGAGCUGCUUGAUGCUGGACUGUACAAUUAUGUGUGGGAAGAGACGGGCGAUGCUUUCCAGGCAAAGGUGGUCAAGUUUUUGGAAGAUCAGUUGGCGGUCAAUGACGGAAAGAGCAUGUGUGAGAUGAAGAGACUGCAGAAUGACCCUAUUCGAGAUGCUAGACUUCUCGCUGUGGUCAGGUCGACCGAUGCAUUGGCCGAGAGGUUCGUGGAGGGUGCGCCGAGGAAGAGGUUUGAGGCGAAGAAGAAGGAGUUGGAUGAGAAGACAGCUACGAGGUCAAAGAUUUGAGAAUGUAAUUUUCUUCAUGUAUUAAAGAUUCGAAUACUCUUAUU